AUGACAGAGAAAAGUGGCGGAGUGCGCAGAGGAGGUGGCAAUGAAGCUGAAGUCUUCUGCUGGCCUGUUUUCUCGUCAGGAGACGAAGACUCCCCGAACGACGUGGAGCAUGGUAUCCGUGUGCGUAGCGUUAAAGCUUUCAAAACUGGUUGGCAGUUGGAGGUGUCGCUUAGAGGGUUUUCCCACGAAACGAGAUUGCGAGGAGAGAUGGAUUUGAACUUUCGUGCCUCGCACGUACAAUCAGAGGAUCUUGCAUCGUCCACUACCACCACCACCUACGCGAGGGACUCACACUACCGACGAGCCGCAUCAGCUCGUCAAGCGAGUUACAAAUGUGUUUAUCGCCAUCUUGUCUUUGACAACGUGAACCAAGGCGAAAGUACGACACAACCGCUUUCGGACACCGCUUUUGAUGCUUUUCUAGACUUUGCAGCAUAUUCCGCUUGUUCUAAACCAAGGCCCGAGCUUGCCCCUCCCUCCUUCCAUACCUCACAACACGGCCAUGUUCUUCCUGGGUACAGACGCUUCUCCUCUGUUAUCCAAGGGAUCAACCCGAAUCCACGUUCUGCAGAGUCGUAUAUGGCGGUGACGCAUCUUUCCAGGGAUAGUGAAGCCAGGACUUGA